UGAAUAAAUUCAUGAAUCGCGUGGUUUUGAAGACGAAAAGGGAAUCAAUCACAGGCAUAAAGAGGAGGAAGACGACGGGAACAACAAACCAUGGGUGAAGCGGUGAAGGAUGGAAGAGAAGAAGUGAUCCAGGCUUGGUACAUGGAUGAUAGCGAAGAGGAUCAGAGGCUUCCUCAUCACAAGAAUCCUAAGGAGUUUAUCUCUUUGGACAAACUUGCAGGUGUGUUUGUGUAUGUCUUCAUUGUUGUGUCUCUCUGCUUAUCUGUUAUUUGUCUUUUGAUUUUCGCAUGUAUUGUUUCUGGUGCAGAGCUUGGAGUCCUGAGCUGGAGACUUGAUGCUGAUAACUAUGAAACCGAUGAGGAGUUGAAAAAGAUCCGCGAAUCUCGUGGUUACUCCUACAUGGACUUUUGUGAGGUUUGCCCUGAGAAGCUCCAAAACUAUGAAGAGAAAGUAAAGAGCUUUUUCGAAGAACAUCUGCACACUGACGAAGAGAUCCGUUACUGUGUUGCAGGAAGUGGUUACUUUGAUGUGAGGGAUCGCAAUGAAGCUUGGAUUAGAGUAUGGGUAAAGAAAGGUGGUAUGAUAGUCUUGCCUGCUGGAAUUUAUCAUCGCUUCACCGUGGACUCAGACAACUAUAUCAAGGCAAUGCGGCUUUUCGUGGGUGAACCGGUGUGGACACCAUACAAUCGACCACACGACCAUCUUCCUGCAAGGAAAGAAUAUGUGGAUAACUUUGUGAACAAUGCCAUCAAUACCUCUGCUUAGAGAGAAGCGCUCUCUCUUGCUUCCUGAAAUCAGGAUCUACAAUAAUGAGAGAUUUCCUCUCAACUCUUUGGUAUACUUGUGUUUUAAUUUACUCUCUCUGUCUCCCUAUUAGUCUCUCUUACCAUCGUUGUCGUAUCCGUUUUACGAAAAGAGUAUUGGUAAAGAAAAAAAAUAUAAUACUUGUUAGCUGAUGUAUCAUGAAAACUUAUAUUAUCAAUCUUGGUUACUUGAGGAGACAAAAAAAAAUGGAAAUCCCAUUUGACCUCUUUUUACUUA